AUGGAGGAGAACGACCAGUGUGCAGCAGCAGCAGCAAAACUUUUUGCUGCUUAUGGGGGGGCCCCCUGGCAGCAGCAGCUGCAGCUAUGGGCGGAGGGGGCCCCCGAUGAGGUUGCAGUAGCAAUCCUAAACAGUGACGCUGAGGUAACAGAGCAGCGAACAUUUGCUGCUUUCAGGGACGAAGCAGUAGCAGCAGCAGCAGUGCUGCAGCAGCUGCUGCAGCAACGGCAGCAGCAGCCGCAAGAGACAGCAGUUGUAUUCAAUCCAGCAGCAGCAGCAGCAGCAGCAGCAGCAGCAGCAGCAGCAGCAGCCAGACAGCAGCAACAGCAGCAGCAGCAGCAGCAGCAGCAGCAGCAGCAGCAGCAUUGCUCUGAUUCAGCUGUCUUCUGGGUCUACCGGCCGCCCGAAGGCAUGCACCAUAUCUCAUGGGGCCAGCAGCAGCAGCAGCAGCUGCAGCAGCAGCAGCAGCAGCAGCUGCAGCAGCAGCAGCAGCAGCAGCAGCAGAUGCUGCUGCUGCUGCUGAUAACACUCGCGUUAGCCACAGCAGCAACUGCAGCAGCAGUUGUUGUACACGAUGCUAUUUCUGUUUCUUCUGCUUCUAUUUCCGCUGCUUCUGUUGCUUCUGCUGCUGCUGCUGCUGCUGUUCCUCCUGCUGCUGCUGCUGCUGCUGCUGCUGUGCAGCAGCAGCAGCAGCAGCAGCAGCAGCAGCAGCAGCAGCAGCAGCAGCGGGAGCAGCAGCGGGAGCGGGAGCAGCAGCAGGAGCGGGAGAUGUGUGGUGGAGGAUAG